AUGUCAAGCAGAGACAACGUCAGUAGCCAGAGCUAUGCCGACGAGUCUACACCAUCUGCCAACGUCAGAUCUGACUCAUCCCUCACGCACGAUGCUAGCAUGCGAUCCGUGGCCUCCUCCCUUGCCCAGAUCGCCUCCGAGAGGAUAACCACUAUCAACCACGAUCACCCCAUAGCUACCGAUAGAGAAAAGGCCGAAAUGCUGAGUGCGUUUAUGAAGACUCUCAUCAGGACCUCGGGAUGGGGAGAGAGCAUGCUUCUGGCUGUGAGCGUCGGGAUAGAAGCUGUCGAAGGAGGGGGAGGAGUGGCUGUACACGAGGGAUGA